UAGAACAAACUUAAAUCAUCUAUUAUAGAUCGGGACUUAUGCACAAGCUUGCUGUAUUUCGUCUGCUAAAUACUUCGAAUCAAAACAGAUUGAAAGUAAAUUUUUAUUAAGAUUUAUGAAUUAGAUACCAUGGAAAGGAAGCAUUUUGAUGAAGUUUUGGGAGGACUCCCAUAUGAAGUGUCUAUUAUGAACUUUGUAUCUUCGCGAGCUCAUGAAAUUUCUGCAAUGACAUCUUCUAUAGAAAAUCCUAAACAAACAAAGUUGAUAUUUCAAAAACUUCCUAUAUAUAUGCGUAGACGAGUCAUGUCUCACAAUGUCAAAAGACUACCACAUAGGUUGCGGCAAGCACAUGCAGCACAAAUGGCAAAAUCAGGAAAUAGCAAAGAUUUAUCAUUUACAAACAAGCGACCAUCUCGGAAAUAUCGUAGAAGACCAAGCAAUUUACUUUCUGAAUACAAUCGCAGACAGCAAAAUAAAAUCUGGUUAGAAACUCACAUCUGGCAUGCAAAACGUUUUCAUAUGAUUAAUAAAUGGGGAUAUAAAAUUGCAAAUCAUCCUAAUGACAAAUGUUUUAGAGCUAAUUAUCGAGCUGCUCGAAAACAUUGUCUCAUAGUAGAUAUGUCUUAUUAUACUUGCAUUGAAAUAACAGGAGAAGAAAAUUUGUUAAUAACAACUUUAAGAACACAUUGUAAUACAACAACAUUAACUUUUGCCGCAAAGAAAUAUAUCGAUGGCCAUAGAGAAGGUACUUUAAUGUUCUUUAAGAGAAAUGGUUAUCCAUACUUUCCUAUUGGCAAUGUGAAUUUUUUUUGGCAACCAAAAAAAUCAGAUAUUAGAACUAUUUGGAUCUGGAUACAUCCUGCCUUUUAUGAUGAUUUUCUUAAUGAAAUUAUAUCAAGUUUUGAAUUUAAGUUAAACAAAAUUGAACAAGAGUUAAUUGAUACUAUCCCCAAUUUGUACACAAAUGAUGCAGGUUGUAAGAUGAUCAUAUUAAAAAACAUAUUGAAUAGAUUUCGGCUUCAUGGGCCAUUAUCUUUAGAAGUAUUAACAAAAGCAUUACAAUUGCCAUCUUUAAGUAAAUUAGACUUCAGCUCAGAAAUAGAUUAUACUAUUCUAAAUGCCGAUAAUUUGUCAAAUAUGAACAAAAUGGACACAAGUAAAAUAUUAGAAGACAGUAAUAUACAAUCUACUGAGCAGAUAGCAACUGAUGAAAUAAGUGAAGAAAAUAUUACAAUUUCUGAACAUUUGAGUACACAACUUAAAAAGAAAGCAUGGUACAUUAAUUAUUAUAAGAAACAAGAAAAUAUGGAAGCUUUCGAAGUACAAGAACAAAUGUGGCAAAAAUUGAAAAAUUUAGGAUCGCCAAAUCAUUUACCAACAAAUAUGAUUAUGGGAAUAACCGUUUUAGAUCCACGUUUUUAUUUACCUGAGAAAAGAACAAAAUGUAAUAUUGAAACAGCAGAAACAUUUUCCCAAUCGAUUCUGGUAGAGCCACUACCCAAUUCUAACUGUUCUCCCAUUUGGGAUAUAGAAAUACGCCGUAUUGUAAGCAGUUCUUACAUGUCCACUAGUAUUAUAAACAAACUUAGAAGUGAAUGCCUUGUACCUGGUAUAUCAAAUGAUCAAUAUUAUGAUGAGAACAUUAUGGCAAAAAUACCUAUAUUUCUUAUUCAGAAACCUGGAACUAUUACGGGUAUGUAAUAUGUCUAAUGUUUAAUAUUAUGUA